AGCAAUUUAUCAAGACAUUGCCAGAAUACCAUGUGGUUGAUCCAGCAAGAGUAGAUGCAAGUGGGCAUUUUCUUUCUUUUAAUUUACACCAUGACAUCUCAAACACGAGGAAGAAGAGAGACCUCAGCAAAAAGGAUAAUAUGGUAUACUACAGAAUUAACCAUGAGGAUAAGGAUCUGUUUUUUAAUUUGACUGCCCAUGUGGGAUUUCUUUCCCAUAACUACGUAGUAGAAAGGAGACACGGCAACCACACUGGUGCGAAGAUUGCAACUCACUCAGGAGCAACUUGCCACUUCAUUGGCACAGUGGUGCAGCCAGGUUCUGGGAUUGGGACAGCAGCGAUCAGCACUUGCAAUGGCCUGACUGGAUAUUUCCAUCUGCCCCAUGGGGAUUACUUCAUUGAGCCCAUUAAAAGGCAUCCACAGAAGGAGGGAACACCCCAUCCCCAUAUUGUCUAUGGGGCAAAUAUCCUUCAAAAUGCUUUAAGGAGAAGACGGGCAAUCCUGAUGGAAAAACAACAACCGUGUGGAUUGAAUGAUACCCUCACCUUUUUCAAACAGCAGCAGCAUCUGAGGGAGAGAUGGGAACAAAAUCAUGUGGCUGUCAGAAAGGUUUCUCGGCGGUCUGUCAGCAAAGAGCGAUGGGUGGAGACACUUGUGGUUGCAGACAGUAAGAUGGUCGAAUAUCAUGGAAGUGACCAUGUGGAAUCAUAUAUCCUCACUAUAAUGAAUAUGGUCACAGGGUUGUUCCACGAUCCAAGCAUUGGCAAUGCAAUUCACAUUGUGCUGGUUCGGCUCAUUCUCUUUGAGGAGGAAGAGCAAGGCUUGAAGAUAGUUCACCAUGCUGAUAAGACACUAGCCAGCUUCUGCAAAUGGCAGAAGAAUGUCAAUCCCAAGAGUGACAUCAACCCUACACACCAUGAUGUGGCUGUCCUCUUAACCAGAAAGGACAUUUGUGCUGGCAUGAAUCGUCCAUGUGAAACCUUAGGUUUGUCUCAUCUGUCAGGCAUGUGUCAACCUCACAGAAGCUGUAACAUUAAUGAAGAUUCUGGCCUACCUUUGGCUUUUACUAUUGCUCAUGAACUUGGACACAGCUUUGGUAUCCAGCACGAUGGAAAAGAGAAUGACUGUGAGCCUGUUGGAAAGCGCCCAUAUAUUAUGUCCCGACAGUUGCAGUAUGAUCCUACUCCGCUCACUUGGUCGCAGUGCAGCAAGGAAUACAUCACACGUUUCCUAGAUCGUGGAUGGGGAUUCUGUCUAGAUGAUAUACCCCAAAAAGAAGUUUUGAAGUCCCCAGUCAUUGCUCCUGGAGUGAUUUAUGAUGUGCAUCACCAGUGCCAGCUUCAAUAUGGUUCUAAUGCUACUUUCUGUGAAGAUGUAGAUAACCUUUGCCAGACACUCUGGUGCUCAGUAAAAGGCUCCUGCCGCUCCAAACUGGAUGCAGCUGCAGAUGGAACUCGGUGUGGAGAGAACAAGUGGUGCUUCUCUGGUGAGUGCAUUACAGUAGGCAAGACUCCCGAAGCAAUCCAUGGUGGAUGGGGCGUUUGGUCAUCCUGGUCCCAUUGCACAAGGACAUGUGGGGCAGGAGUUCAGAGCGCAGAGAGACCUUGCAAUAACCCAGAGCCACAAUUUGGAGGAGACUACUGCACUGGAGAAAGGAAACGCUAUCGCAUGUGUAACAUCAGCCCCUGCCGAAAAGACUUGCCAACCUUUCGUCAGAUGCAGUGCAGUGAAUUUGAUACAGUUCCCUACCAGAAUGAAUUCUACCACUGGGUUCCCAUUUAUAACACAGCAAACCCCUGUGAGCUCCACUGUCGCCCAAUAGAUGGCCAUUUUUCAGAGAAGAUGCUUGAUGCAGUCACUGAUGGUACUCCUUGCUUUGAAGGAAGGCACAGCCGAGAUAUCUGUAUUAAUGGCAUGUGUAAGGCUGUUGGCUGUGAUUAUGAGAUAAAUUCCAAUGCAACUGAAGACCAGUGUGGAGUUUGCCUGGGAGACGGCUCUGCUUGUCAUACAGUGAAGAUGAUGUUUAAUCAAACUGAAGGAUUUG